AUCACAACUCAAACCUCUUUAUUUAUCACAUUGUUGGAAAACUCUUUUCUAUCCAAUGAUGGGCUUUUUUACCAGUCAGGCUUUUACUGUUGCCAUUUCGGCCACUGUGAGCUUGGCGGCCCAUAUAUCAAAGAAUUCCGUCCCUCAGCCAUGGAGUAAUUUCAACAACAAUGGCGUGUUCUAUCCCGAGCAGACUGCAACUAGCUGGAGAACUCUUUACGGCCGAACUCUUCAACUGGCUGAUCAUUCCAUCCUUCUCUCUUGGGAGGACUAUGACCCCGUGGCAGCUUUGACUUACUUUCCUAUCUACAAGUCCGAAGAUGGCGGGGCCUCACUUAGUUCCUUCUCCAGAGUCGAAGAUCAGGUCAAUGGCUGGGGAAUUUGGUACCAGCCAUUCUUCUACGAGCUUCCGCAGCCAUUUGGGGGGUUUCCGCAAGGCACUAUUCUCCUGGCCGGUGUCUCUACACCACGCAACCUCUCACAGGCUUACAUUGAUCUGUAUGCCAGCAUCGAUCAGGGAAGAGCAUGGACAUUUGUCAGCCAUAUAGUUUACGGCCCUGGCCCAGAAACAGUCUCCCGGGGGAACAAGGCAGUCUGGGAGCCUUUCUUGUUGAUGCAUGAUGGGGAGCUUGUGUGUUAUUAUUCCACUCAAGUCGAUCCCGAUCACAACCAAAAGCUCUCUCACAAGACAACCACGGACCUCCGCCAAUGGAGCAAUGAAGUUGAUGACGUCGCCCAGGCGGAUGCUGGAGUACGGCCCGGCAUGGCUACGGUGGCACAUAGCCCCAUCUCACAAAAGUUUGUCAUGACUUUUGAAUACUGUGGCGGUCCUAUCGCUAGCGGGUGCCCGGUCUACUACAAAGUCUCCGACUCUCCCCUAACCUUUGGUGAUGCCGAUCUACGGCCCAUUAUUCCUGGCGACGGCCAGCUGAACCCCAAUGGGAGCCCAUUCGUUAUCUGGACUGCAGAGCCUGGAACAAAUGGCACGAGUGGUGUUUUCAUCGCCAAUGGAAACAGUCGGGAAGAGGUUUUUGUGAAUAGCGAUGCUGUCGAUCCAAGCGGUUGGAAGGUAGUCGACGUCGGGCAGUGGUCAGCUUACUCCCGAGAACUUCGGAUUAUUACGACGCCUGGGUCUGACGCCUCCAAUGGAAGCCCUAAACUUCUCCUCACCAAUGGAGGGAAUAUUGGCUGCUCUGGGGAUUGCUACAACUACGUUGCCAAUGGUGUGGUGGAUAUACCCACAUGGCAUACGUAGAAAAUAGCGAGCUGAAGCAGGGAGUUUUGUUCGCAGAUUAUCAAUUGACGGGUAGGAUCAUAAUCUUCCUCUUACAAGCUCUCCCACGAGUUCUAGUUUUAGCUCUGAGAAACCGGAGUCAGUAUUCAAAGGCAUCGGGACAAUUCAAACAUAUUCAACAUCC